AAAACAAAAUCAGCGACAACCACACAAGAGACACAGCAACAGCGCGAGGGAGCAGGCAGGGAUACAGACCAGCUCAGCAUCCUCCAUCUCUCUCAUCAACCCUUUCCAGCCUCUCGCCAGCCAGCUCUUGCAAUUAGCAAAUCAUGGCCAGCCCGACAGGUGCAAUUGCCACUGGCCAGCCAUCAACAGCACCAGACACACCCUCCCGCACACGGCGGAAACGCGGCCUCUUUGAUUCUCUCCUAUGUUGUUUAUCUCCCAGCACAGAUGAGACUUCCCAUGCUGCCUCCAGUGCAACACCUGCGCGAAAGGGUCAAGCAAGCGCGACUGAUUUAGCCCCUAAAACAUCCAUUGAGCGUGAAGCGCCAGUACAGGGACGUGCAGGUGUACAAGAGACUGCGGUGGAUGUUGAAAAGGCGCAUUCCCUGAUAACAGACUCACCAUCAACCCUGCAAAAGGAGCCAGAGCUCGUUGCACCGCAUGUGCCAGCAGCACCAGCAACAACAACAGCAGCAGCAGCAUUAUCGGUAUCAGCGCUAGCGCAACAGGAUCAGGCUAGAGAUGCGCGUGGUCCUGAGCAGAGCCCGCUCUUGUCGCAGAGUACAGUCCCGCUCGCCAUGCCAGGUCUCGUGUCGCCUUUUAAGAAGCACACCCCAACAGCCUCGGUGGCCGCUUCUGAACAAACAAGCAGUGAUCAACUGACGGAGGAGAAGCAGGCACUUGAAAGAGAUGAACCUCUGUUGCCUUCUAGCAAUGCAAUUGUGGCAACAGUGCCCGUGACAACCGAUGGAGGUGCAGUCCUCGUUGCAGAUACGCAAGAUUCAACUGCAAAGUCAAUGAGUGAAGAUGGCGAAAGUUGGCUGCUACCACCCUUGACAGAGCCAUUCAAGCGGAAAAAGUGUCUUGUCCUCGACUUGGAUGAAACACUCGUCCACUCUUCCUUCAAGAUCAUCUAUCACGCCGAUUUUGUCAUUCCAGUGGAAAUCGACUCGCUCUAUCACAGCGUGCACGUCAUCAAGCGGCCAGGAGUCGAUGAGUUUAUGCGUCGUAUGGGCGAGCUCUAUGAAAUCGUUGUCUUUACUGCGUCUCUUGCUAAAUACGCCGACCCAGUUCUCGACAAGCUCGAUAUUCACGGUGUCGUUACGCACAGACUCUUUAGAGAAUCCUGUCUCAAUCAUAUGGGCAACUACGUCAAGGACCUCUCUCAACUCGGCCGAGACUUGAAGGAUGUCAUCAUCAUUGACAACUCACCUGCUUCCUACAUCUUCCAUCCAGCCCAUGCAGUCCCCAUUUCUUCAUGGUUCAACGAUGUGCAUGAUACAGAGUUGUUGGAUCUCAUUCCCUUUCUGCAUGAUUUGGCAGAUGUCGAGGAUGUCAGCGCCGUCUUGCAACUCAGCAUUUAGCAACCCUUUCGUGCAUCCUUGUCGCUCGAUCAUUUCCCAACCUUUUCUUUCGCAUCGGGCAGCGCAAAUUGUUUCAUUCUCGCAAACAGGUCCAUGUCGUGUCCUACGCCAACAUCUUAAUACUCCCAACCAGGACCCCCCAUCUCAACCUCAUGAUCAAAGACACUCUUUCCCAUUGGCAGACAUCGGACGUUAGAUCUGCAACACUUUACAAGACCCCUUCCGUACGUAAUAACCAAGUACUGUAAUGAAUUGUGACUGAGGAUGAUACGUGAGGGGUCAGCGCGAACAAUUCGUAAAAGGCCUGUUUAUUAUAGAAGAGUCUGUCCCGCAUUCUCUUCCAGGAUUACUUGUAGUGCCAGAAGCUGCGCUGGAGCUUGCGAUACAUUCGCUUCAAAGGAGAUUUGAAGCUUCAGUGGUCUGGAGCUCGAAAUUAUCUGGUCAGUAAUGGGCGAGAUAAGAGUAGAGCAGAGAUAAGAGUAGAGCAGAAGGAAAGA